CCCAGUUGAUAGUGGAAUGGCUAUUAAUAAUCUGUAUCAAAUAAGGCAAUGUAAAAUUAACAGUCUGUAAAUCCAACUACCAAAAUUUGAUAUGGCUUGCUAUAAAACAUUCAUCGUGUAUUUAUGUAACCAAUGUAAUUUUCAACAUACCAUUAACAUCAUAAUAAAAAAAAAAGUUUUUUUAUUAUUUUUUUGUCCUCUAGGCAGCAAAAAAUGAAACAAACAUAUGAUGUAAGAUCCUAUGUUAUAGUGAGUGGGUGGAGCCAAGUCCACGAGACAGCCAAUCAGCACAUCGCCUGUAGAAUGCCGUCUUCCUACUUUUUUCACGUUUCUCAGUUUUCACUUGCUACUUCCUUAAAACAUGUUAGUUGUUGUUGUUGUUUGAGACUGUGUUAGUUCACAUCUCUUCGAAAAGAUCGCUGUGCAAAAAUCAUACAGAUCAAGAGAAGUACACCACAUGCUGUAAAUGGUGCUUAUUCAUUACAUACUAUCAGCAGCUACGACGUAAGAGGCUGCCCCAUGGCCCCAACUUGGUUUACCUGGAGUCCUGUAGGGUAACAGGGUUCAGUGUACUACUGGCCGUGAGAUCAGUAACAGCAGAGUAACAGUGGGUCAUCAUGGGCAUACGUCUGGCACCAUGAAGCACACGGUUGCUGCGAAGAAGCUCGGUGUUGUGGCGGUGGCGCUGGUGCUGCUCAAUCUCUUGUACCACCACUACAACAACCUCGUUGGUCACGAUCCCAUAGCUCCUGCGCAUAGUCCGUAUCCACGAACGGAAGCUGUAACCUCACCGCAAGAAGACGCAGAGCGCAAGUGUGAACCUCAGAAGAACCUCGUGUACCUCAAGACGCAUAAGUGCGCCUCGUCUACUCUCCAACGGGUGUUCCUCAGG